CCGAGGGGCUGGCGCGCGACAGAGCGUUGAUUAGGAAGGUCGUCUGUGUCAUGUUGUACACGGAGGAUGACCUUGCCAGUUUCCUCUCCCAUCUGCCUCGUCAUGGAGGUCAAACACCAUCCUGGUACACACCUGGACUCCUCCCACUGAUAUCCCAAGAUGCACUGCUCCAUUCCGGCUGCCGCUGCUGCCACUGAGGCUGAUGCAGCAUCUCUGUUGUCAUAGUGACGCCUGAGACCUUCAUCACCGCCACCAUCAUCAUCACCUCUUCUUCAUCACGUUACUGAACCUGGCCAGAGAGAGAGAGAUACAGAGAGAGAGAGAGAGAGAUACAGAGAGAGAGAGAGAUACAGAGAGAGAGAGAGAGAUACAGAGAGAGAGAGAGAGAGGGGGAGGCCUGCACCUCUUGAGCCUUCAUCACUUCCUGCAAAUGGCCCUCCCCUUCCUGUGGGUUGCCGUGGCGUGGCAGGUGUGGUUGCCACUGGCGACGGGUGCCCAGCUGAGCGAGCGUCGCGUGGUGGCUCACGUGCCCGGCGACAUCAUCAUCGGCGCGCUGUUCUCCGUCCAUCACCAGCCGCCGGCCGACAAGGUGCACGAGCGCCAGUGCGGAGCGGUCCGCGAGCAGUACGGCAUCCAGCGCGUGGAGGCCAUGAUGGCCACACUGGACCGCAUCAACGCCGACCCCCACCUGCUGCCCAACGUCACGCUCGGCUGCGAGAUACGCGACUCCUGCUGGCACUCGGCCGUCGCCCUCGAGCAGAGCAUCGAGUUCAUACGCGACUCGCUGGUCGCCGCCGACGACGAAUGGGGACCCGCCCAGGCCGACACCGCCCUGGGAGGAGCCUUCGCGCCAGUGGGCGGAGCCAACACACAGAUGCGCUGCACAGAGCCCGGGGCGACCCCCAUGCGUGGGAAGAAGCCGAUCGUGGGCCUGAUCGGGCCCGGGGCCAGUGCAGUGGCCAUCCAGGUGCAGAACCUGUUGCAGCUCUUCAACAUCCCCCAGAUCGCCUACAGCGCCACCAGCAUGGACCUGAGCGACAAGAGCCUAUACAAGUACUUCAUGCGGGUCGUGCCCUCGGACGCCCAGCAGGCCCGCGCCAUGCUGGACAUCGUCAAGAGGUACAACUGGAGCUACGUAUCCGCCAUACACACCGAGGGUAACUAUGGGGAAAGUGGCAUGGAGGCCUUUAAGGAGCUGGCACACAAGGAGGGCAUCUGCAUCGCCCACUCCGAUAAGAUCUGGUCCAACGCGGACGAGCACAACUUCGACCGGCUGCUGCUGAAGCUGCGGGCGCAGCUGCCCAAGGCGCGCGUGGUGGCCUGCUUCUGUGAGGGCAUGACCGUCAGGGGCAUCCUGCUCGCCAUGAAGCGCCAGGGCCUGGUGGGAGAGUUCCUACUGGUGGGCAGUGACGGGUGGGCAGACCGUUAUGAUGUGACGGACGGCUUGGCUCGUGAGGCAGCAGGAGGCAUCACCAUCAAACUGCAGUCUGCCGACGUGAAAUGGUUUGAUGAGUACUACCUCAAGCUGCGGCCGGAGAAUAACCAGCGGAACCCUUGGUUUCCCGAGUUCUGGCAACAUCGGUUCCACUGUCGCCUCAAAGGCCAUCCGCAAGAGAACCUCAAGUUCAACCGCACCUGUAGCAAACGCGACUCCCUGCGUCAGCAGUAUGCCCAGGACACUAAGAUGGGCUUUGUGGUCAACGCCAUCUACUCGAUGGCCCACGGGCUGCACAGCAUGCAGCGGGCACUGUGUGCGGGCGAGAACGGCCUGUGUGCCCACAUGCGGCCCAUCGAUGGCGCCACAUUGCUGGACUUCCUCAUGAAGACCAACUUCACCGGCGUCUCUGGGGAGGCCAUCCUCUUCGAUCAGAACGGAGACUCGCCUGGCAGGUAUGAGAUUAUGAACUUUAAGAAGAUGGGGAAAGACUACUAUGACUACAUAAACGUGGGAAGUUGGGACAGCAGUGGUCUGAAGAUCGAUGACGAUGAGAUCUGGCCGACUCAAGAUGCCAUCAUCAAGUCUGUCUGCAGCGAACCCUGUGACAAGGGACAGAUCAAAGUCAUUCGUAAAGGCGAAGUGAGCUGCUGCUGGACGUGCACUCCUUGUAAGGAGAAUGAGUUUGUGUUUGAUGAGUACACCUGCAGAGCCUGUCAGCUUGGGUCCUGGCCAACAUAUGAUCUGACCGGCUGUGCCCAGAUCCCGGUGGAGUUCCUGCGCUGGGGUGAGCCCGAGCCGAUUGCGGCGGUGGUCUUCUCCUGCCUGGGCUUGCUGGCCACCUUCUUCGUGACCGCGGUGUUUGUGGUUCACCGAGACACUCCGGUGGUGAAGUCGUCGAGCCGUGAGCUCUGCUACAUCAUCCUGGCGGGCAUCUGCCUGGGCUACCUGUGCACCUUCUGCCUGAUGGCGCGGCCGCGCACCGCCCACUGCUACCUGCAGCGUCUCGGCGUGGGGCUCUCGCCCGCCAUGUGCUACUCCGCGCUGGUCACCAAGACCAACCGCAUCGCACGCAUCCUGGCGGGCAGCAAGAAGAAGAUCUGCACGCGCAAGCCGCGCUUCAUGAGCGCCUGCGCCCAGCUGGUCAUCGCCGCUGGACUCAUCCUACUGCAGCUCGCCCUCAUCGUCACGCUGUUCCUCAUGGAGCCGCCCGCUGUCAUCCACGACUACCCCUCCAUUAGACAGGUGCGUCUCAUCUGUAACACCUCCACCCUGGGCGUAGUGGCACCGCUAGGCUACAACGGCCUCCUCAUCCUGAGCUGCACCUUCUACGCCUUCAAGACGCGCAACGUGCCAGCCAACUUCAACGAGGCCAAGUAUGUGGCGUUCACCAUGUACACCACCUGCAUCAUCUGGCUGGCGUUCGUGCCUAUCUACUUCGGCUCUGACUACAAGAUCAUCACCACCUGCUUCUCCGUCUCCCUCAGUGCCACCGUCGCCCUGGGAUGCAUGUUCCUGCCCAAGGUGUACAUCAUCAUAGCCAAGCCGGAGCGCAACGUGCGGAGCGCCUUCACAACAUCCACGGCUGUGCGCAUGCAUGUGGGACACACAUCCACCACCACCACACACUCCUCCAACACCAGCCGCUCAGGCAGCCUGCUCAACCUGUGGAGGAGACGCGGCUCCGCUGGGGAGACACUCAGCUCCAACGGGAAGUCGGUGACGUGGGCAUCGAAUGAGCGCGGCGUCUCCCGUAGCAACCAGCUGUGGCAGCGCCUGUCGUUCCACAUCAAGAGGAAGGAGGCCAAUCAGACGGCCGUGAUCAAGCCCUUCUCCAAGAGUCCCGCCUCCCCUCCACAAGACACACCCCCCGACAGUGCCACUGCCAAGAUGCUCUGCCCCGGCCCCGACGACGACGAGCGUUACCAGGCGACGUACUGGCGACACACACACACGCCCUCUCCCAUCAGCACCGUCUGCAUGUCGGUGGGCGGGAUCAGCAGCGGGUCAGGGGCUGUGAUUGGAGGAGGAGGGUUGAUGGGCGGCGUGUCACAGGGGUGUGUGGGUGGGACUGGAGGCCCAAUGUGUGACGGCGAGAAUGUCGAUGUUUCUAUUGGUGGAUCUGCUGGAGUGGGUGGGGCAAGAGGCGGGGUUGGGGUGGGACCCCUGGGCGGGAUUCCCAGCGUUCCUGCGUGUGGAUUGGGCAGCUUGUCUGUGGGCGGGUCUCAGGGGGCUGGGCUGAUGGCUGGGAUUGGAGGAGGAGCAGGAGGGGGAGGAGCCUCCCUGAUGGACCAGAUCAGUUGUGUGGUGAGCAACUUCACUGCCAACAUCAGCGAGCUCAACAGCCUGAUGCUCCGUACCUGCUCACCUACGCCCAGAUCCCGCCCCCACCCGCCCCCCCCCUCACACCCGGCCCCGCCCCCUCCUCUGCCGCCGCCCACACAACAGGCCACGCCCCCUCCUCUGCCGCCGCCCCCCGAGGACCUGGAUGAGGAGCUGCUGGCACUCACCCCCCCCAUCCCCCUUCAGAGACGCCAUGGAGGGGUCACCCAGCAGCUCCUCUAA